UGUUUCCCUAAACAUGAUUCAAUCAUGAAACAUCCUUGUAAAUAGUCUUGUUGUUAGAUGGACAUGUUUCAAUCAUGACCACAUUACAUGAAAUAGUUGCAAUGUAUGGAAAAGCUCCUCCUACUUUUUUGAUACUAAAUUACCCCUCCCAAUCCUUUGCCCGGGAAAAGCAAUUAUACUGCAGAAGAAGAAGGCCCGAUUUUAUCAGUGCUGCCUGGAACUUUAAGGAGGCAAGUGGCAGUGUAAGGGGUGCCGGGUAGAAGUAUCAAACUGAGAAUAAUGGCUUCACCCUGCAUACUGAAAGUCAUAUUGGUGGACAACACCUGCCAGAGGCUAACACUACCAUGUGGACUUCCUCAAUCUGUGAGUGAGCUUAUGGAAGAAGUACAGCGCCAGUGUGGACUGACCUACACCUUCAACCUACAGUUUAUGGAUCCACUCUUUAAUGAUGACUUCAUGAAUCUGACCUCAGUAUCUGAAAUACAAAACAGAGGCACUAUUAAGGUGGUAAAUCUGUCAGAUCCAACCAUUUUACAGUCACCUGUUUCAUCUGCUGGUUGUCGUUCACCGUCAACUUCAAGUUUUUCUGGUGUGAGCUGUCCUGAUACAGACAUUCUUCAACUGAGUCUCAGUCUGAGCCAUCCACUUCAAGGUCAUUGUGGCCAGACAAGUUUUGUGUUCCUCAGUUUUCCUUUGACUCUGAAUUAAAACUUGACCGAGCCAAUGCAGAAUAUAAAGAAAAUGGGACACUUCUGACUCCAGAUAACAAAGUUUUGUCAAACAUUCUCGAUGGACUUGUGCAAGAAAUUGUUCAUUAUGGACUUUAUAUAACCGACAACCAGUUCAACAGUGUGGGUGAGGCGCUCAUACUAAAGCAUCCCUGUCUGUCAGAGCGAGGCUCAGUAAGUGGGUAUGCUGGUUGGAAACAUCGCUUAAAACACAAGCUUUCAAUUUACCGAACUCAGUUACGAAAACUUGGUUGUCACGAAGUAACUGUCAAUGCUUUGAGCCACAAGCCACAAGGCAAAGGCCCUGCUUUUGCCAUUAAAAAGCCAAGGCGCUCUGAAGUGAACUAUUGCCCCCCCUAUCCCACAGGAGAGACUGAGGAAACUUUAGAAACACUUCGAGUGGAACUUAAAAUGGAUGUAAAAAAGAGGAACGGCAAAGAAACAGUGCAUCGAAAAAUGGACAAGACGUUCUCAUACAGAAGAUUAGAGGUAGUUCGGGAAACACCCAUGGUACAAGAUUUCCAGGAACGGUGGCCUGCGCUCUUUGAUGUGUUUGAGAUAAACGCUGAAUUCAAGAGAAUCACCACUCUGCCACUGCAGUCCCGGUUCCUCUCGCAGCUAGACAUUCUGUCUUCCAAACUUAUUGCUCUCUAUAAAAAAAGAGGUGGACUAAUAGGCAAACGCCUAAAAAGUAUAAUGGACCAAAUGACUGAAGAAGAUGUCGACCAUGGGCGUGAAAGUGUUCUGAAGGGCCUUUGUGUGUACCUCAAUGAAGACCCCGAACAUCUGAUACGACAGCAUGUAGGAGUAAGUGAUACAGCCUUUGAAGAAUCAGUUGAGGAAACUACUGUGGGGAUCUUCACGGUGAAACAACAGGAGGCGCAGCCUACUCCAGACGAUGUAGGAAUUAUCCUGGAAGGCCAAAUUGUUAUCCAGGAUUUAGACAAUGUUCCUCUGGCUGUUGCACUACUGUUUGGCCUCCUGUAUGCUCUACAUAUGGAUUAUCCUCAUCAACUCAGGUAUACCUUUGAAGUGAUCCAGAAACUGAUCAUGGAGCUAGAUGGUGGCACACUUUCAAAGAAAGUCCAGGUCCUGAAGAAUAGACUCAAUGAGUAAUGCUGGCCAGUGAGCAUGACCAGCUUAUUUGAGGACUUGUCCAUUUAAGUUGCUUUUCAUUGUUCUCAUGUUGUUGUAAACAAACUUUUAAAUAUGCUUAGUUACUU